GCUUUUUCCUGAGGCAGCUUAGCUAUAAAAAAAGUGUAGCGUAACUCCAGCACUCGACCAAACACUACUGCCAAAUGUCCAUUUAAUUAUUUAAAAAUAUUAAAUAUGUUUAUUGUCGGUCUAACUGGUGGAAUUGCAACCGGAAAGAGUACCGUUUGUAAAAUAUUUCGUGAACAUGGAAUACCUGUAGUUGAUGCCGAUGUAGCAGCUCGUAGAGUUGUUGAGCCUGGAAAACCAGCUUGGUGCAAAAUAAGAAAAGAAUUCGGUGACCAGGUUUUCCAAAAUGAUGGCUAUCUCGACAGAAAUAAAUUAGGCGAUUUAAUUUUUGAUGACAUCGAGAAAAGACGUACAUUAAAUUCAAUAACACACCCCGAAAUCUAUAAAGAAUUAUGGUGGGAAACUUUGAAAUAUUUGUACGAAGGAUAUCCAUUUAUUGUCAUGGACCUGCCAUUAUUAUUUGAGUCUGGAAAAAUGUUCAAUUAUUUGUAUAAAAUAAUUGUCGUUACUUGUGAAGAAGAACAACAGCUUGAACGUCUGAUGACCAGAUCAGGAUUCGAAGAAUCUAAAUGCCGACAACGAAUUGCAUCUCAAAUGCCUCUGGAUAAAAAAAUAGAGCAGGCGAAUUUCGUGAUUGAUAACUCUGGUACUCCAGAAGAAACAAGGAACCAAACAAUUAAAAUAAUAAAUCUUUUAAAAAGCUACAAGCAGCACUGGCGUAUUCGCUUCACAAUCGGUGUCUGCUGCGCUGUUCUAGUCGGAGGAAUUUACUGGCUGACAACACGAUUUUUUAUGACAGACCGUUCGCAAUGACAAUUGUAAAAAAUAGUUACAUAUUUAUUAAUUCCAUUAUCAUUAAGUUACAAUUAAAUAUUUCAUUAUUUAUUAGUUCAAUUUUUUUUAAUGCACGUCUAUGAUUAAGUAAAUAAAUUCAAAAUAUAUAUAA